AUGACAAGGAACGGAACAAUGUCAUUGCAACACGAUGAAAUGGAUACAACAAGUCCUCCAAGUGGUUCCGGAACAUCAGCAGCGUCACCUCCAGAAUAUGCGACGGCGGCCACGUUAAGAUCAACUCCCGCCCAAAUGUCAGCGGCGAUUACAGUCGAUUUGGUGGUUGCAGCUCAGAGGGAGGCCAACUUUCUACGAAUGAUCGAUCGGAAAGCUCCAUUGCUUUAUGAGCCAGAUGUUGUGAAUCAUGCACUCAGAAGAUAUGAAACAUUCUGGUUGCCAAUGCAGGCGGCCCAUCCCGAUCUCAAUGUAAUUCCUCCCCUUGAUGUUCACUGGGUUUGGCAUACUCAUAUGUUGAGUCCAAUUCAUUAUCAAGAGGAUUGCGAGAAGCUCGUUGGAAAAGUGAUUGAUCACAAAUUGCUUUCGUCAGAUGAGAUUCAGAAAAGAUAUGAUAGCAGUGUACGAGCAUGGGAUGCCUACUGUAGUCCUGAACUAUAUGAUUUCUUGGCAAGUCAGACACCGCCAACUGCAUACAAGACAAAGUGUAAUUAUGAUAUUGCUGGAGCUGUUCAGAGACAGAGAAAUUUCAAUUAUCAAGUCUCACUUCCACACUACACUUCAGCAAAGUUUCUUUCGGAUGCUGUCAAAAGAUAUAUACAGUUUCUUCUCCUCAAACAAACGUAUGCUGAUCAAUUCUUGACACCUUGCUAUGAUUUUGAUAUCAUUUGGCACACGCAUCAGGUUCAUCCAUCCAGUUAUCUGAGGGAUUGCACAGCAAUAUUCGGUUCUCUUUUGAAACAUGAUGACACUGUGAAUGAUAGAACGAAAGGAAGUAAACUACUGAAAGGAGAGGCUCUCACUAAAAAGUUAUGGACAACUCAUUUCGAUGAACCAUUUUGGAGAAGAGGAUGCAUGUUCAGAGGGCACAAUGCACCUGCUUUUCUGGGUUUCGAAUCUCAGGAUUUGGCAUGUAUUUCUUAUGGAGACAUACAUGUUCCAUCAAUUUCACUCAAAGAUAUUCCGGUUCAAAGAGAACAAUUAAGACUUAAAUUGUGUUAUGGAAACAAGAAAGUGACGACUUUCAAUGCAGAUCUCUCCCAAAAACAAGUCACAAAAUCUGGAUUUUCCCUUGUAUGGCAACCAACGGAGAGCUCAACAUGUGCUUCAAUUGUCAAGUUUCCAUUUGAAAGACGAGCUGCGAAAGACUUGAUCGUCGAACUGGAGAUCUUCGAUAAAAUGUUUCUUCAGCGGAAAGAUCUAAUCAAGUUAAUUGGAAAAGCAACAUUAGAUCAACUUCUUCCUCCGAGCAAUUCAAAAAGUGCUCACAAUGUGGCAGAAUUACAAUUGAAAACAUCGAAAGAUUCAGAAUUCACGGCAAAAGUCAAUGUGACGACAAGUGUGAAUUUGAAUAGAGAACUUCAACUUUUAGUCGGAGAUUUUGUUGAAAGACAGUUAUCUGCCGACUCUCAUCUUGCUUAUCUUUCUCAGUGUGCAUCAUUGAAUCGUGGAUCUUUGAAUGCAAACUCUACUGUACACAUUGCAUCUCAUAGUAUGGUUGAUACUCGAGAUGGAACAAAGUACACGGUUCAAGUGAUUCAUUCAGCACCUCUUCUUCUCUCAAUGAUAUUAGUUUACGGCCGCGAACAACGUCUUCUUUCAAUGGCUCAUCUGAUUGGAGCUGACUCUUUACCAUCUCGUGAUCAGCUUGAUAAUAAUCUGGUACCUUUCCUUCCACAUCUUUCAAAUGCCGAAGAAAGAGCAUUUGUGAUCCUGAAUAAAGAAGGAGACUAUGCAAUAAUAAAAGGAAAAUGGUCAGGAUUCUGUCGGAAACAGUCAGCAACGAAAGGACAGAAAGCAAAGCCAGGAAAUCCGGGACGUCUUCAUGUUGACGCAUUCAAUCUUCUGAAGAAUACUGUACAGAAACUAGAAGUUCCAUCAGCCGAUGGAUCAACGCUAUUCCUUAUUGGAGAUGCUCAAGCACGGCUUCCGGGAAAACGAAUCGAAUGUCGAUCGACGAAUACAGCUGAACAGAUAGCCAGUAUAUUCUGUGUCUCUACACUGUUUGUUCUUUGCAAUCCUGAUAAAGUUCGAUCACGAAACGACAGUACAUCUGUUGGACAUCAAGCACACAAAUGGCCGUUAACAUUGGCAUGUGGAUAUGGAAGACAGCUACCGACCAAUCGAUUACUUUUAUCCUCUGAUCAGGACGGGCUGGGAGGUUGUGAAAUCGCCCCUCUUCUAAUGUGCGGAGUCGGUUGUGAUGGAGCUGCAUGUGGUGCCUGUGGAGCUUGUGGAGCCUGCGGAGCCUGUGGUGGAUGCGGAGGAUGUGGAGGGUGCGGUGGAUGCGGUGGAUGCGGAUAG